AUGGCAAGGCCGUCUGCCGCCCGGUGUUUUUCGCAGAGCGAGGAAACACCAGGAAGAAACGCGCUGCUGUCAUCUUUCUGCUCUUCUUCUGCGACCGUUCGCAUCGUCCAUUUCGUCUCUCCCUGUCUCCGCCCACAUCUUACGCCCACUGUGUCGGAAGCUUUCUCUGGAGACCCUGCGUCUUCUUGUCCUUCUUCGCGUUCUCCCUCUUCUCCCUCCGCCUCGUCUUGUUUUUCUUCUCCCUCUUGUUCUCUUGCGUCGCACUCGGAAGCGUUGCUUCUCUCAGUGGGUGGUUUCAACAUCCUGGUGGACUGUCCUUUGGAUUUCCAGUCGCUUCUGCUUCUGCCUCCCCAGUUCUUUCCUCAGCAGGGCGCGAGCUGCGAGAACCGCUGUCCGCGAUCCGCGCCUUCUGCGUGCGUCUUUUCGUCUGUCUGCUCCUCCGCAUCCUCUGCGCCCUGCAGUUCUUCUCGCGAGUGCCUGCCUCCUGUCCAGCAAGUUUCUCCAGAAAGCGCGUCUCGUUCGUCUUUGUCUCUCGUCGAUCCUUCGCGCUCUGCGUUGUGUCCGGUUUCCUCGCCUUUUCUGAGGGCGCUGCUGCCGGUGCGGCUAGAUGCGGUUCUCCUCACCCACCCUCACGGAGCGCUCGGCUUGCCUCUGCUCGCCGAGUUUCUGGAUCUGAGCGAAACUCCAGUCCUCGUCACUCCCCCUGUGCUUCUCGCCGCCUCGAGCGCCGCGCGCUUCCUUCAGUCGCCGCUCGGAGGAUUCCUGCUGCCUCCUCAGGGGAACGGCGAGAGGAGCCGCGGCGAAGGCGGACAGAGCCAACACACAGGGGGAGGAGACACCGCGGGCGCCAGAGAGAGACGCGAGGCUGAGGCGGAACGAAGGGUGACCAGUCGGUUGAAUGCAGCUACCUGCUCGGCGGUGGCUGCAGCUGACGAAGAGAACUCGAGUUCUCUCCAGCCUCUCUUCCAAGACGACGGCGGUCGCGAGCAAGUCAGAGAGGAAGAAGAGGACGAAAACGAUGCGUUGUCAGACGCGUUCUCCGCGUCGCGGUCGAAGCACGAGGCGACCGCCUCGCAGUUCCUGGGGGGUGUCUCCCGCCAUGUCUGGCCAACCACGUUCAACCAAGAACGCCAGUUGGUGCAUGCAGCGAGCGCACAAAAGCUCUGCGUCUACCCUGUGAGCAGCGGAUUCUGUCUUGGCGGAGCGAACUGGGUCGUAGCGACGUCGGCGGAGCAGAAGAUCGUCGUGGUGGGUCCGUCUGCCUUCGAGCUUCAGGAAGCGCCUGGAAGCGGUGCAGGUGGAACUGUCUCUCCAAAGGAGACAGUUCCCGACGCUCCUGCGUCUUCUUCUUCCUCGGGCAGAAACGUCGACGCAGACGCCUCUGCUCCCUCGAGUGCCUCCCCCUGUUCGCCGUCGUUUGUGUCGCUCUCCUCUCGCUAUCCUCUCGCGGCAGACUGGCGGGACUUGCGCAACGCUGCCCUUGUUGUUUUCUUCUCCUGCGCGCCUGCUGAGCUGGAGGAGCCCAGCCGCCGCCUGUCUCGCGCAUGCCCACCUCUCCUCCGUUCCCUGUCCUCCUCGCUUGACGACCUCCGGAAACUCGUCAGCGACACCGUCCACGAACGGCGAGGCAACGUCCUCAUUCCUCUCGACCUCUGUGGCCUCUCGUUCCUGGAAGUUCUGGAAACCGUCGCCUCCGCGUCGUCUCUCGCUUCUUCGCUCCCUUCUGCGCUGGCGACCCGGCCUGCGCUGCUGCCUGCAGUCCCCGUGUACUGCGUAGGUCCAGGACUGCCCGCGCUUCUUCAGUUCGCAGUCGAAGCGGCGGAGUGGGUGGAGGAGCGACGAGCAGAGCGCACCCGAGACAUGCAGAGUCCACGGCCGCCGUUUUUCUUGAGCGCCUGCGAGGACGAAGAACUGCUGCUUUCGGGGAGACUCUUCCACCGGGAGAGCGCCGUCGGAAGUCGAACGCGGAACUUGAUUGUCGGCGAAAAGCUGCUGGACGUGAUGCCUCUCAGAGAGCCGAGCAUUCUGCUCCUCGCUCACGCGUCGCUCCGCGUCGGGGAGGCCCCGCUGCUUCUCCAGAAGUGGAAGAAAGAAGAAACGCACCUGCUCGUCUCGGUCGACCGACGCUUCUCUGCGUCCUUGUGCUGCGAGUCCGGCGCACCGCGACCAAGCCGAACCUCUGGGUCGGCGGCUGCGUCGCAGGUCUCCUCUUCUUCUCGCGCGUCAGACGCUCUCAACCUGCUGCUGUUGCCCUUCCUCGCGCCUCUGGAGGACGACCGGAGUCACUUGCGCAGCAGCCAGGGGGCCGCGAGCUGCGCGGAAGAGGAGAGAAGACGAGACGAGGACUCGGGAAGCAAAGAGCAGACGAGACAUGGCUUCGACUCCACGACGGACGCCCGUGCGUCCCGCCGAAAAUCGCCCACAGGUUUUCCUCCGGGUCCCAGUGCUACGCCUCAAGGACAGGACGGCAGCGCUGCCUCGUUUGCGCCUUCUCGCGGCUUCUCCAUGCGGGUCGCUUCUCUACCACUCGAUGCCCGUCUAGACGGCAUCAAAAUUGCCAAGCUGAUCGCCCACUUUCAACCUCGAGCCGCACUGCUUCCUGCCCCUGUCUUCGCCUCUGUCAACUCUCACCUCUCUGCCCUUCACGCAGACGAGGCCGCCAGGCCGCCACUCGAGCGUGGGCUUCCGUCCUCUCUGCCGUCAGCUGCCCGGCCCUCUUCUUCGUCCUCGCAUUUCUCCGCUUCUUCGUUUGUUUCCUCAGCUUCAGCUCCGACGCACUUGGCGAGCUUCGAAGCCAACAGAAGCCAAGAACUUCCUGUCGAGUGCAUCUUCUCCCCACGCGACGCUGCCCUGCUCGCGUGCACCUUCUCGCUGCUGCUCCUCGACGCUGAAGGGGCGGAAGGAGACUCCCAGGCGGAGGCUUCUCAGAGUGGAGACUCGCGAGGAGGCGGAGCCUUCGGGAGUCUGAAGAGACAGAGAGACCUGAAACGAGAAGACGAGAAACCGUCAGUUCCGGGCAAGACGCGCGAGUCGGGAGGCGCCUUUCCCAGGUGCUUCCUGGUCCCAGUGCCUGUGGAGAGAGAUCGGCAGUGGGUGUGUGGCUCCGAGCCCCAGCAGGCGCGGGAGGGGCGUGAGGAACCUCGGCAGGAGGACGCGACAUGGGAGGCUACAGAUUCGAGGGAGUCCUCGCCUCUUGAUUCCGCACAACCGGUCAAUCGAUCCGCGAAGCCGGAAACGGAAAGACUCUCCAAAGGCAGCCUGCAAGAGGAAAGCGAGACAACGCGCGUCUCUGUGGGGUGGAUUCCACCCGGGAGUCUCCUUCGAGGAAGUGGACAAGACGCCGAAGCAGAUCGAGGCCUCCUCACGCUCAUUCUGCCCCCCUCGACUGGAGACAGGAACCCCACAGACGCCGGAGAAGGCGGAGGCGGAGAGACAACGAGAAACGGACACAAUCUUGGGUACGAAAAAUCUUCAACAAACGCAUCGCAGGAGAGUCUCUUCUUUGGCACCUUCCCUCCCGAGCAGCUCCUCCUCAUUCUCCACGAUCGAGGCUUUCACGACGCUUCGUUGCAGUUCCAUGAUCGACCGCCGGAGGACGAGAACUUGUUCGCCUGUUUGGGUCAAGAGAGCACAGUGGUCGAGGCGUCCGUUCCAAGCGCACAUGCGGACAAGAAGUCUCUGCGAGGCGCAGAGUCGGGGGAAACCCACAAGUCACGUAGACUGCCUGUUCUGUCGAUUCCCUCCCUCAACAGCCGCGUUCUGUGUCAGAACGCGACCUUGACUGAAGUCGAGGCGCCGGACGCGGCGACGCGGCGCUUUCUUCGAGGACUCAUAGGUCAAAUUCUCGUAGAGGUCGAGGCGCGAGAGACAUGA